AUGGCUCCAAGCUUAAGAAAACCUCCAAUUAAUCCUCCGGUUCCAAUGAAACCGCUGUAUUGGACAAGAAUUAUAACUUCGAAACCUGCUCCGGUCGCAGCCACAGAGAUUAAAAAGGAAGAUUUAUGGCAGGAUUUGGAGGAGGCAAACAUUAGUAAUUUGCAAAAAUUUAUGAAUUUAUUUUCGCGACAAGUUGUGACUAAGAAAGCGCCAGUUAAAAAAGUUGAAAAACCAAAGAAAAAUGUUGCCGUCAAGAUUUUGGAUAGCAAAAGGUCUCAAAAUAGAGCUACUCCUGAGGAAUUGUCUAUGAUUAAAGAGCAUGUUUCAAAAAAUAAAGAAGAACCUUUAGAUAAACCUGAACAAUUUCUGUAUGAUUUAUCAGAAAUCCAAUGUUUUGCGGAAAGAAUUUCAUGUUUUAUGUUUCAAGUCGAGUUCGAAGAUAGUGUUGCAACAUUAUCCAAUACGCUCUCCAAUUUAAAAAGUUUAUGCGAGAUAAUGCUUAAUGGAAAGGAAUUGAAACAAGUAUUUGGCAUAAUAUUAAAAUUAGGGAAUGUUAUGAAUGGCGGUAAUAGAACGAGGGGGCAAGCUGAUGGAUUCGGAUUGGAAAUUUUGGCCAAACUUAAGGAUGUAAAAUCAAAAGACAAUCAAAUAACGUUGUUACAUUUUAUUGUGGAAACAUAUAUGGACGAAUCCAAAGAAGAGGCGUGGAAUGUGGCCCUGCCAAUUCCAAAUACAUGGGACGUAAGCAGGGCAGCUGAAGUAGAUUUUGAAAACUUAGCUAAAGUUAUAGAUCAACUUAAAGUUAAAUUAGAUGCUUGUACCAAGAGAACACAGAAAGUAUUAGACAAUUCAUCGCCGGAAAAUAUACAACCAUUUAAAGAUAAAAUGGAAAGCUUUAUUCAAAACGCGAAUGAAACUAUAAACAACGAAAGAACUUCCAUGCAAGACAUAAAAAAUAAAUUUAUAAAAACAAUGUGCUUUUUUUCCUUCAAACCAAAGACGGGGCCGCUGGAAAGCUGUCCCACCAACGAAUUUUUUUCACUGUGGAUUCCAUUUUGUAAAGAUUUUGAGCAAAUUUGGAAAAAAGAACAGCAGAAACGAAACGAUUAA